AUGAGCGCAUUAAUGAAAGCAGCUAUUUUCCGAAGCCCUGCAUCAUUGGCUACUCAUCUUUAUAGAAACCUCCAUUUAUCAGUUGGAGGUGCUAGGCCUGCAAAAGAUGGAUCUGUCAACUCUAAUUUGUCUAAGGCUUACACAGUUGUAGACCAUCAGCAUGAUGCUCUAGUCAUUGGUGCUGGUGGUGCAGGUUUACGGGCAGCGUUUGGUCUUGUGCAAGAAGGGUUCAAGACAGCUGUGGUAACAAAGUUAUUUCCAACUAGAUCUCACACUGUUGCUGCCCAGGGAGGAAUAAAUGCCGCAUUAGGAAAUAUGGAAGAAGACAGCUGGCUUUGGCAUAUGUAUGAUACCGUUAAAGGUUCUGAUUGGCUUGGAGAUCAGGAUGCUAUUCACUACAUGACCAGAGAGGCACCACAUGCUGUAAUUGAACUUGAUAAUUAUGGAAUGCCUUUCUCCCGAACACCUGAAGGUAGAAUUUAUCAAAGAGCCUUUGGAGGACAAUCCUUAAAGUUUGGCAAAGGUGGGCAGGCUCAUAGGUGCUGUGCUGUAGCUGACAGAACAGGACAUUCCCUUCUCCACACUCUAUAUGGUCAAUCCUUGAGGUAUGACUGUGAAUACUUCAUUGAGUACUUUGCUCUGGAUCUGUUGAUGGAAGACGGUGUUUGCAAGGGAUGCAUUGCUCUUAAUCUUGAAGAUGGAACACUUCAUAGGUUCCAAGCGAAGAACACAAUCCUAGCCACAGGGGGUACAGGCCGUUCUUACUUCAGCUGCACUUCAGCCCACACUUGCACAGGUGACGGCACAGCUAUGGCAGCACGCGCCGGUCUACAGAACGAAGAUAUGGAGUUUGUGCAGUUCCACCCCACAGGUAUCUAUGGGGCGGGAUGCUUGAUGACGGAGGGCUGCCGUGGCGAAGGCGGGUUCCUGGUAAAUGCGAAGGGCGAGCGAUUCAUGGAGCGAUAUGCGCCCGUCGCCAAAGACCUCGCCAGCCGCGACGUGGUCUCCCGCGCCAUGACCGUCGAGAUCAUGGAAGGUCGCGGCUGCGGGCCGGCCAAGGACCACGUGCAUCUGCAGCUGCACCACCUGCCGCCCGAGCAGCUGAAGCAGCGGCUGCCCGGCAUCUCGGAGACGGCCAUGAUCUUCGCCGGCGUUGACGUCACCAAGGAGCCAAUACCCGUGCUACCCACCGUGCACUACAACAUGGGCGGCACGCCCACCAAUUUCCGCGGAGAGGUGAUCACGCACCGCGAGGGCGAGGACCGGGUGGUGCCCGGCCUGCUGGCGGCGGGCGAGGCGUCGUGCGCGUCCGUCCACGGCGCCAACCGGCUCGGCGCCAACUCGCUGCUCGACAUCGUGGUCUUCGGCCGCGCGUGCGCCCUCACCGUCGCCGAGAACAGCCGCCCCGGUGACGCGCAGCCGCCCCUCAAGGAGACAACUGGGGAGGCGAGCAUUGCGAACUUGGACAGUGUCCGCUAUGCGAACGGCAAUAUCUCCACGGCUGACCUACGUCUGCGAAUGCAGAGGUGCAUGCAGACCAAUGCAGCUGUGUUCCGCCAGAAGAGCACCCUAGAGGAAGGGCAGCGUCAAAUCCACGAGAUCUACAAGCAGAUAAAGGACGUCCGCGUGUCGGACCGCUCGCUGAUCUGGAACUCGGACCUGGUGGAGACACUGGAGCUGCAGAACCUGCUGGUGAACUCGGUGCAGAUCGUGGAGGGGGCUUUGGCACGCGAGGAGUCCCGCGGCGCCCACGCCAGGGAGGACUUCAAAACGCGACGUGAUGAGUACGACUACUCCAAGCCCCUGGAAGGACAGACAAAGCUGCCCUUCGAGAAGCAUUGGAGGAAGCACACGCUGGCCGAGACGGACCCGGAGACUGGCGCCACGAAGCUCACGUACCGGCCCGUCAUCGACCACACCCUCGACCAGGAGGAGUGCAAGACCGUACCGCCUGUCAUCAGGACCUAU